CCAGCCAUGGCGUUGCAAUGUAGAGCUCCAAAGAGGAAAUGUGCUGCAAAAUCACCUGGCUUUUACAAGAGGCUUACUACUAUUGACUUGAAGGAUUCUCAAGGCGGGAAAAAUCAGUAUCGAGACAAGAAAACUUGGAGAGAAGGGGAGUUAUUUGAUAUUGAGAUUCUAAAAGAAGCAGAUGACAAGGUCUUUGUAACCUACCCGGGAUGGGACUCUAAAUACAACGAGUGGUUGCCCAGAUCUCAAUGUGCAGAUGUCAUCAACAUCCAAUGCCUCUCGACACCCUCAUCUCUAGAUGAUGGGCAGAAACUGUUUUGCGCGAAUUUAAGACUAGACAUAAAACGUAAUCUACUUGGGAAGAGGAAAGCUGACCCUCAUAUUUCAAUCACUCGUGACAUUCAGUUUGAUGUGUAUGAACAUUUUUUUGGUACUCAGAAUAAAAUCAGAUACCCCACAAACAGUGAACUUAAUGAUGUACUUGGUACUGGUUGAAUGGAACGCUUCAACAAGAGC